AUGAGGGAGACCCAGGCUCAGAUCGACCCAACGCCAGACGGCGUUGACAGGUUGGAAGACGCUCCGACAUACGAGGAGUUCCUUGAACGAUAUCUCAAACCAAACAAGCCGGUCGUUAUUGGAAUAGAUUUGGCCAAGAGCUGGCCAGCUCUACGAGAAUGGACAGUCCCAACCCCACCUGAAGCUGCCUCUGGGAGCUCUAGGCAAAUCGACUGGCAACACCUGUCGGACGCCUACGGAGACCACGUAGUCUCUGUGGCGAACUGUUCCAAAGUCGACUCGUUCGGCAACCUGGAAUGUGACACGGCACGGUUUCGUGACGUCGUCUCUCAGUGGCAGAACGGCGAAGGCCAGUUGCUCUACGUCAAAGACUGGCAUCUCGCACGCUCUAUCGAGUCUGCUCCUUCCGUUUUUUCCCCGGCCACUUGUAGCACCGGCACUAUACCGUUCUACGUCACCCCACAUAUCUUCGCCGACGAUUGGAUGAACGCGUUCUACACCACCCACACGUCAGACGACUUCCGGUUCGUGUACGUUGGCGCCGCGGGGACGUUCACGCCGCUGCACCGGGACGUGUAUUGCUCGUACAGCUGGUCGACGAACGUCUGCGGACGCAAGCGGUGGUGGCUCUUUCCGCCGGAACAGACAUCAUACCUCUUCAUGCCGGCGCGCAAACUGUGUGUGCACGACGUCAGGAGUGUGGACCUAGAGCGAUUUCCGGACUUUGCGAAGACGAGGCCGCUCGUUGUCGAGCAGGAAGCGGGGGAGACGAUAUUCGUACCGAGCGGCUGGUACCACCAGGUUGAGAACCUGACCGCGUGCAUCUCGAUCAACCACAACUGGUGCAACUCUGUCGGCCUGCCUGUACUCUAUUCGUCCAUGUGCGACAAGGUCAUCGAGGUCGAGCACGCCUUGGAAGACGUACGGGACAUGUUACGUACUUCACACUCGGGGGACGAGCGAGCGUGGAAAGCCGAGUUUUGCUCCGUAGUGCAGGAACUGGUGCAGCAGGAUGCAGGAUGGAACUGGUUAACCUUCUGGAGGAUGGUUGCCCACGCUCUGCAGAGCGCGGUCCGUCAGGACAGUGUUGUCAAGACCGACGAAGUGCGUGUUCGCUGA